AUGUCUCCUCGCACCUGUCUGACGCUAGAACAAAAGCUCCAAGUGCACCUAAAGCUCAAGCAGAAUCCUGGCAUGAACAACCCCAUGCCCGCCGAGUGGAUCUACGCAACUUUCAAGGCCCGGGUCAGCCGUGCCACACUCGCCCGACUGCGCAACCUGCCUUCUUCCUACUUCAGCCACGUCGACCUGAGUGCGACCAAGCGGCGCCGAGUGAAAUUCCCUCAGUUCGAGCGGGAACUGAGGGAAUUUUUCUUUCAGAACGAAGCUAAAACGGCGAUGGCGGACGACGUGCUCCUGCUGAAGGCGCAUAAGCUGGCGGAGCGCUUAGGAGGAAGAGGAGGAACAGGAACCCGCAGUUCAACCUGCCAUUGCUCUGAGACACUGCAUGGAGCUGGCUGCAUUUCUGCUGCAAUGCGGAGAGCAGACUGA